UUAUCCGAACACUUGCAAACAAAAGCACACCAUUGCAUUGAAAUGUGAGCUUUGCAUAACAUUUUACAUUUCCCAAGAGUUUUAACAAGGGGCUGCAUGCCUUUCACUUUCUUAUCUAAGGCUAAGCCCACCAACAACAUCGACAACUUAUCUUCAACAGCCAUGGCAUUGUGCUCAACCUUCUGCCCUCGUAUUCCCAUCAACUUCAGAGCUAAACCCAUUUCUUCUUUUACUUCAAAGCCUUUGUUUUCUCUUUCUUUCAAGGUUUACUCUUCUCAGGCCACUGAUGCGUCAUCCCAAGAUAAAUUUACAGGCCGAGUUGGUUUUCUGGGUCUUGGAAUUAUGGGAUCACCAAUGGCACAGAAUCUCAUAAAAGCUGGAUGUGAUGUGACAGUAUGGAAUAGAACGAAGAGCAAAUGUGAUCCUCUCAUCAGCCUUGGUGCAAAACAUGGAUCCUCUCCGGAGGAAGUAGCUGCAAACUGUGAUGUCACAUUUUCCAUGCUUGCCGAUCCUGAAAGUGCAAUUGAUGUUGCCUGUGGGAAGAACGGAGCCGUGAGUGGAAUGGGUCCGGGAAAAGGCUAUGUAGAUGUUUCAACCGUUGAUGUUGCCACUGCUAAAUUAAUCAGUGGACAUAUCAAAGCAACCGGGGCAUCAUUUCUGGAGGCUCCGGUUUCAGGUUCGAAAAAGCCCGCGGAAGAUGGACAACUGAUAUUCCUGACCGCGGGUGACAGAGCUUUAUAUGAUUCAGUUGCUUCACUCUUGGACAUAAUGGGCAAGUCAAGAUUUUACCUCGGGGAGGUCGGAAAUGGAGCUGCUAUGAAACUUGUCGUUAACAUGAUUAUGGGAAGUAUGAUGGCAUCAUUUUCUGAAGGCAUACUUCUUAGUAAGAAAGUAGGACUCGACCCGAAUGUUCUAGUCGAGGUGGUUUCACAGGGUGCCAUUAGUGCACCAAUGUUCUCAGUCAAAGGUCCACCAAUGGUUAAAUCCCAAUAUCCCACAGCCUUUCCCUUAAAGCAUCAACAGAAGGACCUUAGACUUGCUCUGGGAUUAGCAGAAUCUGUUUCCCAGUCCACUCCUAUCGCAGCCGCGGCAAAUGAACUGUACAAGGUUGCUAAAUCAUACGGCCUCAGCGACGAGGAUUUUUCGGCAGUUAUCGAAGCACUGAAAGCUAAAUCUCACAACACUGUUUAACUUUAUGUUUCUUUUUUUGUGUCAUUCAUGGGGUACAAAGCUGAUUUAGACAUGCUUUGUCAUGUAUGAUGAUAUUUAGGUUAAGCUUUUCAACCCCUAUUCUAUUCCGCCUCCACCGAUCCACGAACUCAGUUCGGACUUCCGAGAUUUCUUAUCCGUAUAAUUAAUUUUAAAAUAAAACUUUUGCA